CUGUGCUAUCCAGUGCUGCCAUGUCGGCGAAAGCCAUCUCAGAGCAGACAGGAAAAGAGUUCUUGUAUAAGUAUAUCUGCACCUCGGCGGCUGUGCAGAACCGCUUCCGCUAUGCCAGUGUAACCACGGAGACCGACUGGGACCAUCUCACACAGGAGCACCCAUGGCUGCUGACAGAGCGGCUAGUGGUGAAGCCAGAUCAGCUGAUCAAGCGGCGUGGGAAGCUCGGGCUGGUGGGCAUCAACCUGGACCUGCAGGGCGUCCAGGAGUGGCUCAAAGCCCGGCUCAUGAAAGAGACCAUGGUGGGGAAGGCAAAGGGCGUGCUGAAGAACUUCCUCAUUGAGCCAUUUGUUCCACAUGCACAGGAGGAGGAGUUUUAUGUGUGUAUCUAUGCCACACGAGAGGGCGACCAUGUGCUCUUCCACCAUGAGGGAGGAGUGGAGGUGGGUGACGUGGAUGCCAAGGCCCAGAGGCUGAUGGUCGCUGUGGAUGACAAGCUGAGUGAGGAUCAAGUCACAGAGCAGCUCCUCACACACGUCCCUGAUGAUAAGAAAGAUGUCCUGGCCAGUUUUAUUGUGGGUCUCUUCAACUUAUAUGAGGACCUCUACUUCACCUACCUUGAGAUCAACCCCCUCGUUGUCACCGUUGAUGGAGUGUACAUCCUUGACAUGGCCGCCAAGAUUGAUGCCACAGCAGAUUACAUCUGUAAGGCUAAAUGGGGUGAUGUGGAGUUUCCACCGCCUUUCGGCAGAGAGGCCUAUCCAGAGGAGGCCUACAUAGCAGAUCUGGAUGCAAAGAGUGGUGCCAGUCUAAAGCUGACCUUGCUGAACCCUCGUGGCAGGAUCUGGACCAUGGUGGCUGGAGGAGGGGCUUCAGUUGUCUAUAGUGACACCAUCUGUGACCUUGGCGGAGUGGAUGAGCUCGCAAACUAUGGCGAAUACUCUGGUGCUCCCAGUGAACAGCAGACCUAUGACUACGCAAAAACCAUCCUCUCUCUCAUGACACGUGAAAAACAUCCUCAAGGGAAAGUGCUGAUCAUUGGAGGAAGUAUUGCCAACUUUACCAAUGUAGCAGCCACAUUCAAGGGCAUUGUCAGGGCCAUCAAAGACUACCAAGGUCCUCUCAAGGAGCAUGAGGUCACUAUCUUUGUUCGACGUGGUGGACCCAACUACCAGGAGGGGCUGAGGGUGAUGGGGGAAGUAGGGAAGACCACAGGUAUUCCUAUCCAUGUGUUUGGUACUGAAACCCAUAUGACAGCCAUUGUUGGAAUGGCUCUGGGCCACCGACCAAUCCCUAAUCAGCCCCCGAUGGACGCACACACCGCCAACUUCCUCCUCAAUGCCAGCAACAGCGCAAUGACUCCAGCUGCCACAAGGACAGCUUCAUUCUCUGAAACCAGGACGUCUAAUGACGCCACCCCGGCGAAAAAGUCUAAAGCAGGUCUUCCGGCAGACUCUCUUCAUUCUAUACUGUGGCCUCUGAAGAAUGUGGUCACAGGUGAUUGGAAAGAAGCACAAGCCUCUUCAGGCUGCAGCGGAGCCAAAGCCACCACACUCUUCAGAAAACAAACCAAAGCCAUUGUCUGGGGCAUGCAGACACGUGCCGUGCAAGGCAUGCUGGACUUUGACUACGUGUGCUCCCGGGAGGAACCCUCUGUGGCAGCCAUGGUCUAUCCUUUCACUGGGGAUCACAAGCAGAAGUUCUAUUGGGGUCACAAAGAAAUCCUGCUGCCAGUCUAUAAAAACAUGGCCGACGCCACAAAGAAACACCCGGAGGUGGACGUCUUGAUCAGCUUUGCUUCACUGCGCUCAGCCUUUGACAGCACAGUAGAGGCCAUGCAGUACCCACAGAUUCACACGAUCGCCAUCAUAGCCGAGGGUAUCCCUGAAGCACAGACGAGGAAGAUGAUCAAGAUGGCUGAUGAGAAAGGUGUCACAAUCAUCGGCCCUGCCACGGUUGGUGGCAUCAAGCCCGGCUGUUUUAAGAUUGGCAACACAGGCGGUAUGCUGGACAACAUUCUGGCUUCCAAACUCUACCGUCCUGGCAGCGUGGCGUAUGUGUCACGCUCUGGGGGCAUGUCCAACGAGCUGAAUAACAUCAUCUCCCGCACCACAGACGGAGUCUAUGAGGGUGUGGCCAUUGGAGGAGACAGAUAUCCAGGCUCCACCUUCAUGGACCACGUGCUUCGCUACCAGGACACUCCAGGGAUCAAGAUGAUAGUGGUGCUGGGAGAGAUUGGAGGCACAGAGGAGUACAAGAUCUGUCAAGGCAUCAGAGAGGGCAGGAUAACCAAGCCUGUGGUGUGCUGGUGUAUUGGGACCUGUGCCACCAUGUUUGCUUCAGAGGUUCAGUUUGGCCACGCAGGGGCCUGCGCCAACCAGGCCUCAGAAACAGCGGUAGCCAAGAACCAGGCUCUGAGAUACGCUGGAGCUUAUGUACCCAAGAGCUUUGAUGAGCUGGGGGAUGUCAUCAGGACUGUUUAUGAUGAACUGGUGGCCAGUGGUACCAUCAUUCCUGCCCAGGAGGUUCCUCCCCCAACAGUACCAAUGGAUUACUCUUGGGCUAGGGAGCUGGGACUGAUCCGAAAGCCAGCCUCAUUCAUGACGAGCAUCUGCGACGAGCGAGGCCAGGAGCUCAUCUACGCUGGCAUGCCAAUCACUGAGGUCUUUAAAGAGGAGAUGGGUUUAGGAGGAGUGCUGGGCUUGCUCUGGUUCCAACGCAGGUUGCCGCGCUACGCCUGCCAGUUCAUUGAAAUGUGCCUGAUGGUGACUGCGGACCACGGGCCUGCUGUCUCUGGUGCACACAACACCAUUGUCUGUGCUCGUGCUGGCAAAGACCUUAUCUCCAGCCUCACCUCUGGCCUGCUCACCAUCGGAGACCGUUUUGGAGGCGCUCUGGAUGCAGCUGCGAAGCAGUUCAGCAAGGCAUUUGACAGCGGCAUGCUCCCCAUGGAGUUUGUCAACAAGAUGAAGAAGGAUGGGAAGCUGAUCAUGGGCAUUGGCCACAGGGUCAAAUCGAUCAACAACCCAGACAUGCGGGUGCAGAUUUUGAAGGACUUUGUUAAGCAGCAUUUCCCCUCCACCCAGCUACUUGACUACGCCCUUGACGUAGAGAAGAUCACCACCUCAAAGAAACCCAACCUGAUCCUCAAUGUAGACGGUUUUAUUGGUGUUUCCUUUGUGGACCUGCUCAGGACAUGUGGUGGCUUCACACGAGAUGAGGCGGAUGAGUUUGUGGAGAUCGGAGCACUAAAUGGGAUCUUUGUCCUCGGCCGGAGUAUGGGCUUUAUUGGCCAUUACCUGGACCAGAAGAGGCUGAAACAGGGUCUGUACCGGCACCCCUGGGACGACAUCUCCUAUGUGCUUCCUGAACAUAUGUCCAUGUAAUCCCCCCACAUCACUGAGUGGGACACAGUUCUUGAUGCGAUCCUUCUCACUUAACGUAUACGUAUGUACACUCCGGUUUUGACAACAGCUGCCUUUGGGGAAAAAAGGGCAGGAUGACUCUGGAAAAAAAAUACUGUCUGGCUGAGGGAUCUGGGUAGAAGUUUUCGAUCUAGUUUUUACGGAGAAAAAGGGGAAGUAUAUUUUUAGAUUUAGUUUUUGACAAAUUAUUUAAAAAGUCUGAGAUGCAACUUAUUCAGUUUUGAACAAAGAGCGAAACCAAUGCAAACAACAGAAGUUGCAGGAGCACAAAACCAAUUGGUACGUAAAAAUAAAUGUUAAGAAACCUUAACAUUAGCUUAACAAUGGUUGGUUCAAAGGCAGGAUUCAGAGUGCUAUUCAAUCCUGUGUGGAGUCUGACUGGUUAAACCGCAGUAAGAGCUGCUGAUGUGAAAUUUGUUCAAGCUCAGCAAUACAGUAAUGUCUUUUUUAUACUACUUAAAAAAAUUAACCAUAUUUAUUUUAAUCAGCCUUUGCCUGUUUAAUGCCACAGGAAAGUGUGCUUAGGCAUGCUCUGUGGUUUUCUAAGUAUUGCACCUUAGUUUAAACAACUAGAAAAUCUAGAUCUGAUUUCAGUUUUUAAAUUCCUCUUAAAGUUUCACUCCCACUUAUAAAGUCUUUGUCAUCACAAAAUAAACCAAAGUUAUUUCUGGGAAUCUGUUGUCUUUGUCAAAAGGAAAAAAACAGGGUCCGGUGGUAGACUAUUACAGAGCUUAUCUAGAUCUUAAUGUUUUGGGAAGGGGCAUCGUGAAGGCAUAAAGGAACUAAACAAACGUGAUGAUUUAACUGUUACUCCAUCAUUGCCUUUACUACAGCAACCCUUGUUUACAGCCCUGGUUGUAGACAAGUGGUUGCGAUUCAUCAGCUACUGUAAAUUAGGUGCAGUUUUGAGGUGUUUUAAGUCUUUAACACCAAAUACAAAAUUGAACUACCUGUGUUGAUAUUCUGAAAAACUGUGUCAGGAAAAGUAUGGAAGCAUUGAAAGGGGAGACAAACAAAAUGCUUCAUGAAUGAGCCCAGUGAGUCUUGAAAGCAUCCUUUGGCGAGGGACCAUGAAAGCAGUUUGCUUUAUUUGGGGAAAUGACUGCACAUAAUAUGGAUGUCAAAUAGUUCAUGAAAGACUUGACACCAACUCAAAAUGCUUUGUAACUGCCCACUGUUCGGCCUGCUGUGUUUGAUCUUUGUUUCGCUGUUUUUAUUUAACUGUGAAAAAAUGCUUUGUUUUUGUAAUAUGCUGUCAUAUAGUAGUAUAAUAAUAAAGAACUUAUUAUUUUA